AACGUACCCCGGGAAUGAGACGGCACCGUUCCUUCCAGGCUUCGUCGGUGGUGCUGGUGCUGUGGGCUGUUGUUGCCUGCAGUGAACUGAUGCUGCACCCGGUACGGGCCGAUGCACCGAAAAAACGAUGCCUCACCAAACCAAAUGUCUCGAAAAAGGUGGAUAUGGUUAUACACCAGUGCCAGGAGGAGAUCAAAUCAAGCCUGAUCGAGGAUGCGCUAAAGAUCUUCACCUCGGAGCACGGUCAGUGGCACGAUCGUCGAAAGCGAGAUGCCGACGAGGGUGCGCUGGAUUUUUCUCACCCAACAAUCGUAUCCCACGAGGACAAAUGGAUUGCUGGUUGUUUGAUGCAGUGUGUUUACCGGAAAAAUAAUGCAAUUGACAAAAACGGUUGGCCCACGCUGGACGGUUUGGUUAGCCUGUACACGGACGGGGUAAAUGAGCAUGGUUACUUCAUGGCCACGCUGCGUGGCGUUGAUCGAUGUCUCAAGGGAACGUCCAAGAAGUAUCAGAUCAAACGAAACGAUGCUGCUGAAAACUUUGAACAGUGUGAGGUAGCGUUCGAUGUGUUUGACUGCAUUUCGGACAUGAUUACGGACUACUGCAGUGGCCAGACGGAAGAUGAUCAUUAA